GAGAAAGUUGGAGAUCAGGUUCAGGAUGUUCAGUCAAUGCUUGGAGAAAUCCAUGAUUGGUUUACGAUCAAUUUAAGAGGACGAUCAAUAAGAUCUAACCAGUCUAUGCCAUCGUAUACAGUCUGGAUUGACCUUUUCGAUACGCCUGGAUGAGAUCAAAAUGCAUCUAUGUGAAAAGGCCUCCAUUUACCCAGACUGGCUGGGGCAGUUUGAGGCUCAACAUUCAUUGCCAGUUUUUCAGUGUGGAUGUACAUAUCGACAUGAUAUGGAACUAUCAGACUAUUCUUUGUCACCAAUGAGCCUCAUAGUCCGACUCAAUGGACAACCUGUAGCAUGGAAAAUAUGGUUGUUUUCGAGAAAGUCGACACUAUCAUCAUUGAUCAUCGAGAAUAUUCCACCAUCAUAUUUAAAUGAGCUCGAAUAUAAAAUAAAUCAACUCGCAACCAAUGUUGCUGCACAGACAGUGGACCGCAGAGCAGGUUCUUUAAUGGCAUUUCCAUCUAUCAACCCAUACACUGACCUUCCUGGAAUAUCGGUUUCAAACAUGAUAUGUGAUACUCGGCAAUUGUAUAACCAAAUCAAUCAUCUAAAUCUAAUAGCUAGUGAGCAUAGCUUCUCCACUGGAUCUAUCGAGGUUGUAAAGCUGGUCCACUACAAGCAAUUAGACAAGGAUGGGAACUGGUUAUUUUAUGAGACUGCGGACUUGAUCUUGCAUCUUCAGCCAGAGGGUUGGAUAUCCGAUGAUGACCACUCCCAAUUGACUGUUACUAUUGAUGAUGUUACAAAGAUAUCUGGCAGCAACGCAUCAGUCAAGAUUCCAGAGACAUCUUGUGUUUCCACAACUCAUUCUGACCAACAGGACAAGGCGGAAGCAAUAGAUGUCGAGAUGGAGUUUUACGAUGGGAAAUCGGCAAAUUAUCUUCUACAGCAGCUACAAUGUCUUUAAGAAGGGCUUGCUAUCUUCGGAAUUGAGCAGAUGCAGCGAUGCGAGCGACUUGUUUUUAAAUUGUAG